GCAGCUCCAUGGUGCAGGAGGGCGGCAUGUCACGCACGCCUUACAGCUCCAGCCAGGACAUCCAGAUGGAGGUCUUCGACAAUCCCGGCCUCCAGGGGAAGUACAGCAAGCGGAAGAGCCGCUUCAAACGCUCCGACGGCAGCACCUCUUCGGACACGACUUCCAACAGUUUCGUCAGGCAGGGUUCAGCUGAGUCCUACACCAGCCGCCCGUCUGACUCUGAUGUGUCGCUGGAGGAAGACCGCGAAGCCCUGCGCAAGGAAGCCGAGCGCCAGGCCCUGGCACAGCUAGAAAAAGCAAAGACCAAGCCAGUAGCGUUUGCUGUGAGGACGAACGCCGGCUAUAACCCUUCUCCCAAUGACGAUGUACCUGUCCAGGGAUUGUCUAUUUCUUUUGAACCCAAAGACUUUCUUCAUAUCAAAGAGAAAUACAACAACGACUGGUGGAUCGGUCGCCUGGUGAAAGAAGGCUGUGAAGUUGGCUUCAUCCCAAGCCCUGUCAAACUGGAGAACAUGAGGAUGAUCCAGGAGCAAAAGAUGCGGCAACACCGGCUCAGCUCCAGCAAAUCGGGAGACAACUCCACCUCCAGUCUGGGAGACGUGGUGACAGGAACCCGGAGGCCCACACCGCCUGCCAGUGGUACCUUGGACAUGACUAACUUAGCUUAUGACCCUGACGCCCUUGACUUAGAAGAGGAGGAGGAGGCGACCGAGGAGAACCAGCGAACCCCUAAGACUAGCGUUAGCAGCGUCACCACGCCCCCCUCCGCCACCAAGCGCAUGGCCUUCUUUAAGAAGACGGAGCAUGUGCCACCCUACGAUGUGGUCCCUUCCAUGCGGCCGAUCAUCCUAGUGGGUCCCUCUUUGAAGGGCUACGAGGUGACGGACAUGAUGCAGAAAGCUUUGUUCGAUUUUCUGAAACGCCGAUUUGAUGGCAGAAUAUCCAUCACACGUGUGACAGCCGAUAUCUCCCUGGCCAAGCGCUCAGUCCUCAACAACCCUAGCAAACACACCAUCAUUGAGCGCUCCAGCACCCGUUCUAGCCUAGCUGAAGUGCAAAGUGAAAUUGAGCGCAUCUUCGAGUUGGCCCGCACGCUGCAGCUCGUAGCCCUGGAUGCUGACACCAUCAACCACCCAGCUCAGCUGUCCAAGACGUCGCUGGCACCCAUCAUUGUCUACAUCAAGAUAUCUUCCCCCAAGGUGCUGCAGAGAUUGGUGAAGUCAAGGGGCAAAUCCCAGGCAAAGCACCUGAACGUGCAGAUGGUGGCAUCGGACAAACUGGCGCAGUGCCCUCCGGAACUGUUUGACAUCAUCCUGGACGAGAACCAGUUAGAAGACGCCUGUGAGCACCUGGCCGAGUACCUGGAAGCCUAUUGGAAGGCCACGCACCCUCCCAGCAGCAACCCACCCAAUCCGCUGCUGACACGCACCAUGGCGACAGCCGCCCUGGCAUCCAGCCCCGCCCCCGUCUCCAAUCUCCAGGGACCCUACCUAGUGCAUGGGGAGGAGCCUCACAACACCGAGCCCUCCGGCCUUCACAACUACUCGGGGCAGCCGGUGGUGCGGGGCCAGAUCCGGCCAGCGCAGCAUCCGUCCCACCUGGCCGCCCGGGGCCUUUCCCGCCAGGACACCUUUGACUCGGAGACCCAGGGCAGUCGGGAUUCUGCCUACACCGAGCCGGGGGAUUCCUGCAUGGACAUCGAGACCGAUCCCUAUGAGGAGCCAGAGCCCCGAAGCCUCCACGGCACGGGCCGCCGCCACCAGCGCCAGUCUUCCUGGGACGCCGAGGAACCCGACCGGCAAAACCACAACCGGCCUCUGCGCGGGCGGGGCAAGGGGCGGGAGCGCUACGGCCAAAAUGAGGAGGAGGAGGAGACCAUUGGCCGCAACCAAAACGAUGUUGAGGACUGGGGGCGGGAUGCUUACAUCCACUAAGGCCCCGGGGGGGCAUGGUUUUGAUCCGCUGGGGAGAAGGCCUCCUCCCACUCACAUUCUUGGGGGGGUCAGUGGCGGUCUUGAAUGCAGUGGCCCCUGGGGAGAGACGCAGUCGGCCAAAGGCUCGGUCUUCGUCUCCAGCAGGUGGCAGUUGGCGGGAGCGGUGCUUGUGUCCCAGAGACCAUACCGUCACCAGCCAGGCCUGUGAGUUGACUCCCCUCCUCUCUGUUCUCUUUUGGGGGACCCCCCCACCCUCCCCCUCCCCUGCGCCUCGCCAUUUGUGCCAACAAACCUCUCUGACCAUCCCUUGCCCGACCAGCCAGCACUGCCUGGGCUUUUCUCACAGUGUCAUUAAAACAGAAAAAAAUCA